CUUUUGUAAUUAAAGGAUUAAGAAUAAAGGAAUAAAAGCAUCAUGUGUCCGUCAAACAUUAAAGUCCCCAGUGUGACUAACGUGACGUGUCCUUUUGUCUCACGUGGAGAAAUGAGUGGAAAGAGAAUGCGGGUUACCGUGGCAACCGUGGUGGUAAAUGAAUGACACUCCUAAAAAAGAACGCGUGUUGACUUCAAGCAAAGAGAGUCGUUUGAUGACGCCGGCCGUUUUCUAUAGACAGACAAAACUUUUAACGUUAAAACCUAAAAUCACCCUUUCAUACAAACUUUAGGGGAGGGCCUUGCUUUACGAGGGUGGCCAUUUUGUGCCAGAUCCAGCCAGAUUAACGUGUUUUUUAAUGGUAUAAUCUGUCCGACGGUUCAGUUGACAGACUUCAGACUGGCGUGAGCAGCGACCUCUUCCAACGAUGUUUGGAUAUGAAACGCGAGAAAUAUGACGUGACGUCCAAGAUUUAAAUAAAACACAGGAAAUAAAAGAAACAGGCAGUUUAAAUGUGGAUGUCUUCCUCCUCGUGUCUCAGUGGACCUGUCUUCUCCCUGCAGGAGCCAGAGGGCGAUGUGGAGCCACAGGUUGACUCACACUCACUGAUUCAAACUCCAGUCUCAAGAGCCAAGCGUUGGAAGAGGAGCAGCAGCCGCAGCAGCCGCCUCCCUGGUAGAGAGAGAACAAACCAUUCAACAACGUCGAAAGUUGCCUACUUCAAGAGGAAAUAUGCGGAGGAGGAGGAUUUACACAGAGGCCUACGUGGAUAUUUUCAAAGACACCUGAUCCUGCAGGAGGAGCGCAGCUGCAUCCUGAAGCUGUCCCUGGAGAAGCUGAGGUUCCUGGACGACCCCGAGGCCUACCUGCGACGCUCCGUCCUCAUCAACAACCUGCUGAGGAAGAUCCACCAUGAGGAGGAGGAGCUGGGGGCUGAGGAGGAGGAAGAAGAGGAUGAGGUAGAGGAGGAGGACGAGGUAGAAGAAGAAAUGGGGGAGGAAGGAGAGAGCGGGCAAUGGAGGCUGAUGUACCCGGACAGGAAGAGAGUGAAGGUGCUGGUGACGGACUGCUGCUCUCCUGCGUUUGGUCUGGAGGAGCUGCAGCGUUACCGGCUGCUGCCGUGCUACCCUGCUGCUGCUGCUGCUGCUGCUGCUGCUGCUGCUGCCGCUGCUGCUGCUGGAUGUCUGUACAGCCUGAGCUCCUGCCCGAGGAACCACCAGGUCCUUCUCUACGACCUGGACGACAACGGCUGACUCCCACCUGCCACGCCUGUGUUCUCAGAGCUGGGAGAGAGGCAUCAUCUCCCCUCAGUUACCACCACAGACCUGCGGAGCUCGCGUUUGUUCACGCGUCAGCGGGACGACGUCGCCCCCCUCUGGUCGACCGACUGAAACGCAGCAGCGAAUGUGAGAGGCCGAGAAAAAAAAAAGGAAAAAAAAAAAGAAGAGGAGGAACCCCUGAUUGUUGUUGUGCCUCAGGAUGGACAGGGCGUCUGAUGCUGAUGUCAAACUCUGCCGCAGCAGCUUCACUGCCAUUCUAAAGGGACAGUCUUGGAUUUUUAAAGUGUGUGUGCAUGAAGUAUUUAAACAUGGCUGAUUUUUGUCACUUCACUCAAGGCUUACCUCACAGUCUAUGACAUCAUAGAUGUCUUUAUUAUAGUUUUCUGGCUAGAAACGAAAGUUUGAAAAACUGCACCAAAGCCCAUAGAGAAAAUCAGUGAUUUUAACAU